GCUCAGAAUUAUUAACACCUAGCAGUUGCUAUCGACGAGGCCCGCAACUGGCUCGCGCGCGCGCGCAGAGGGACACCGGCGAGAACCAGAAAGGGGGCCCUACCCCGCCGAUAAACAGCUAGCGGGUUCUGGCAUGACCGCCGUCCCAACCCUUCACCGCAGCUCUGGAGUGAAGAGAGGGAAAGAAAGCAGGAGAAUAUUGGUGUUGCUUGCCUUGUCUGCAAGCUUGGAGAGAAGCUUCAAGUAGUUCAAGGGAGAUCCAAAGCGCUCGUCUUUCUUCUCUUUGCUCUUGAGAGAUAGAGUAGGUUUGAGGAUGUUAUAUUUAGUUUGAUUAAUAAUGAGGUCUGGAAUAAAUAGGGAGUUAAAAAUGGGAGUAGGGGUUGAUUUGUUCUUGUAUGAGUUACUUUAAGGAUGGGAACCCCAAACAGGGCUUAGCACACCUUUUCCUUUUUCUAGUAAGAAGCAAAGAUGGGGCUUCUUCUGGAUUCAGCAUUACUUGACUUUGUAGGUUCUUCAGGAAAUUUGCAAGAAUUGCAGAUAAAUCUUGCCGAUUGAUUUAACAAAUCAUACAAAAGAAUCUUCUCAGAAAGAUGCGAAGAUGAAGCAGUAUUUACAUAUAUAACUUGUCUGAGGAGGUGCAUCAGACAUUUGUACUCAUCAUGCAUUCCAUCUUGUACGCUGAACCUGGCAAAGAUGGAGAAGCCUCUGGAUUAGAUUGUGAGACGCCAGUUAAAAAGGUUUCAGUUCAGUCACAACUGCCUUCGAAAUUUUUUAAUGAGAGAGUUGCAACUCCCAGGGUUAGAUGUGCAUUUUUUGAUGAUGAAGCCAGGCCCUUGAAUUAUAGGAAGCCCUCUGUUAAGCCUUGUUCUGAUCAUCAUACCACAGAAACUGAGGUCCUGGUUUCAGCGUCUUCAUCUGGAAAUUUUCAGAAGCCAUGGCCAAGCAGAAAGGUAGCUGAAGUAGAAGAGCUGGUUAAGUACAUGUCAAGCGUUCCAUGUUAUCUCCAGAGUGUAGAGAAGGGAGAAAAUGUCCAGGGAAAGGCACUAAAUUUUGGUGUUAUUGAUUGGAGGCAACUUGAGAGAUGGACUAGCAGCAAAAAGACCGCUCAGAGAAAUGAGGCUUCUUCUGCCAUAAAUAUGGCGGAGUCUCCAUCUCUUCUCACAAAUCAAUCUUGCUCAAAUUCUGGUAGAAACAAUAGCAACUCUCCAGCUCAAGGAAAACAAGCCCCUUGUAGAAGCAGUAGCAACUCAACUGUUGAAGGGAAGCAAACUUUUUCUUUGUUUGGUCAUUGGGACCAGCCUGACGAGCAAAAAAAGCAUGAAGACAGAACUUCCAUGCAGGCUGACACAAGUAGCUCGAUAGAAGAAGAGAAGUCUAAAAGCUGUGAUCAUCAAAAUUCUAAUCGUGUUAGGGGCUACUCUGGUAGGACGUUUGAAAGGAGCCUUUCGGAGCAUGGAUGUGAUUUUGAUGAUCUUAAAGGGAGUAGAUGUGUAAAAGGUAAUACUUUGUCCUCAAUGCAUGGUGGUAAAACGGCAAUGGAAGUUAAAAAACAUCCGCAAAGAUUUUCGCACCAAAGCAGUGCAGCUCGUGACAUUCUACAGUCUGGUUUUCUCUCUGCUACGUUCCAAACUGACAAGUCUAAUAUGGGUGCUACUGCUCUUCCGCUGGAGAAUGGGGUCCCUUCCGCUAAAUAUAUGUCCGUAAAUGAGGAAUGUAACCAGAUCAGCAAAUCGUCAGGAAAUUUUCUGUUAAGCCCAGUUUAUCAAUCAUGUGAUCAGAAUGCGGAUGGAGGAAGAAGAGAGACUUUGCCAAAGAAGCAUUCCUCUGAUUCUGGUAUGAAAUGGCUGAACCGUAGCUCUAGUUUGAAAGACGUGUCAUCAAACCACCAGCAUAAAGAUAUCAAUGGUUUAAUUAUUUCUGAUGAUAAAGGAAGAAGCAACAGCAGAGGCAGACGAAGCCCACUGAGGAGAUUACUAGAUCCACUUCUCAAGUCCAAAUAUGAUGGUUAUUCUGGGCCAAUUACAAGCUCGCGAAUUCCCAUAUCCCAAGAAAAUCAUAAUAACCAAAGUGUUUCAGCUGGAAAGGAAUCUUCCUCGCUGAAAUCAAUGCAUAGAUUAUCUGAUACUUCCAAUACCAAGAUGCCUAUUACCCCCCAGAGUUUGCUUCAGGAUGAGAGGAAUGUUGUGCCAAUGAGGCAAGCUCUAGUAAAGCUGGCUUGGAAGAAUGGACAACCCCUGUUUAUGUUCUCAACCAGUGAGAACAGUGUACUUGUAGCCUCUUUGAAAAGAACAAAUAGAUUGGGCAAGGAAGAUUGUAGUGGUGUUUAUAAAAUAGUUAUGGCACAAGAAUCUAAGAAGAAAGGGGGGAUCUGGAUUGGCCAUGGCGGGAGUAGAAAACCGAGUUUGCUUUAUGAAGUUGUUGGACGUUUGGAAGUUUCAUGCUCCAAGCUGUGUAGUUUUGAUUCUAAGAGUUUUGAGGUUUCCAAACAGUUUGUUUUGGUUAAUGAGGAGCUCUUACCAAACCAAGGAUGUGUCAAUUCUACGCACACUAAUCAACUUGUUGCCAUAGUUGUUAAAGCUCCAUAUCAGAUGCUGAAUGGUUUCUUGUAUAAGCGCUCUUCUCUCCAGAUAGAUAGUUUACAGGUAGAGAAAUUUCCUGAAUAUUCAAGAGCAUGCAGUAUCUCGGCUAUUGUCCCCAGCGGGAUUCAUGGUUUCUCAGACUUAGGAACUCCAUCAGCUCUAAUUGAAAGAUGGAAAACUGGAGGCUCUUGUGAUUGUGUAGGAUGGGAUGAGGGUUGCAGGCUUACAGUUCUUGCUGACAGGCUUCAUGAGAUGAAGGUUGCAAGUUCAGUCCAAGAACGCCCAACGACUGAAUGUUUUCGUUGCAUUGAAUUGUUCAUCCAGGGAGGGAAAAAAGAAAAAAAGCAUGCUUUUAGCAUGAUAGCUUUCAAAGAGGGUCUUUACACGGUCGAGUUUGGUUCGAUGAUUACUUCAUUGCAGGCUUUUGCAAUUUGCAUUGCUACCCUGCACAGCAGAACUUCUAUUGAUGCGUUGGAUUACUCUGCCAAACGCAGAAGCCUGGAGGAUGCCAUAUAUGAGAACUAUUCCAAGAUGAGCUCUAUGCAAAACAAUGGAGGCUCAACAAGCUAUGAACCUCACCAUCCACCUUUUUCUCCUGUUGGUAGAUCUUAGCUGCCUUUGGUAAUCUGCUCUCAGUCCUUGCGAUCGAUCUUAUCUUUCUGAAUUUCUUGAUUGGUGGACAUUAAACUCUCCUUCCUGUUUGUACAAAUUUUGCAAGCAGUAGUGGAGUCUUAAUGUCUUUAGAAAUAACUAUAUAUAAACAUUUGAUGUCUAAGAGCAUGUUCAAGCAAGCUGUUUAUUACUUUCUGAAGAAUGUAUAAAAUCGGUACAUUAGUAUGUUUAGCCACUUGGUUAUUGAGGCCAUUACUGAAAUAGGAAGGUAAGAAUGUAUAAAAUUGUUACACUAGUAUGUUUAGCCAUUUGGUUAUUGAGGACAUUACUGAAAUAGGAAGGCAAAGUUGUAGCUUGUACCAAAUUAUCUUCUGCAGGAUAAUUAU